AGAAAGUGCAAUCGCGUUACAGAUCUCUUGUUUACAUAUGCAGCUUGUCAAGAACGCAAAACUCCCUCUUAUUAUUCGCGUUUGAGCGAUAAAAGGUAGAUAAAAGAACAACGGCAUGAAAAGAAUAAUACUGCGAUAAGGAUUUACAUGGCGAUGAGUUAAACGAGCCGCUGCAUUCGAAAAGAGACAACUCGAGCGAUUAGGUUAAUGCGUGCCUCUAGUCAAGUAAUCAGCUGAUCAGUAGGUUCGACCGGUGGAGUUGGAAUACGAAACGCGUAACAGUGUGUGAUUGUAAUUGUAAUUAACAUAAAUACUCAUUAUGCGUCUGGUAAUUUGUGAUACAGUAGAUUAUGUGGCAGACUGGUCUGCAAAGUAUGUUCUAAAAAGAAUCAAUGAUUUCAAUCCUAAUGAGAACAAGUAUUUUGUUCUCGGUCUUCCUACAGGUGGUACACCUUUGGGAAUGUACAAAAAACUCAUAACAUAUUACCAACAAGGCAAAAUUUCCUUCAAAUAUGUUAAGACAUUUAAUAUGGAUGAGUAUGUCGACUUGCCAAGAGAUCAUCCAGAGUCUUAUCACUAUUACAUGUAUAACAAUUUCUUCAAACACAUAGAUAUAAAUCCCGAGAACGUACAUAUACUUGACGGAAACGCAACGGAUCUUGAAAAAGAGUGCAAUGAUUUUGAAAGAAAGAUUAAUGAGGCUGGUGGAAUAGAAUUAUUCAUUGGAGGUAUUGGUCCAGAUGGACAUAUAGCUUUCAAUGAGCCAGGUUCUUCAUUAGCUUCUCGUACAAGAGUAAAAACUCUUGCACAAGAUACUUUGGAAGCUAACGCGAGAUUCUUUGGAAAUGAUAUUAAUAAAGUGCCGAAACAGGCUCUGACAGUAGGUGUCGGCACCGUAAUGGACUCGAAAGAAGUAAUGAUCCUUAUCACUGGAUCUCAUAAAGCUUUUGCUCUUUACAAAGCGAUAGAAGAAGGUGUUAAUCAUAUGUGGACGGUAUCAGCAUUUCAACAACAUCCUCGUACGCUUAUAAUCUGUGAUGAAGAUGCAACUUUAGAAUUACGUGUGAAAACAGUUAAAUAUUUUAAGGCACUCAGUGAUGUACAUCGCAAAUUGAUUGAGGAAGAUGGAAAUGCAAUCCCUCGUCGCACAAUACAAAAUAAUUGAAAUGAGUUUAUGGGAUAUUCAUAGCAAAUUGAUUGAGCAAGAGAGCCGGGCAAAAUAAGAAUCGUUUAUCGACGUUUCUCGAAGAAAUCGUCGAAUUAAAAAGAGGAUUAAAAAAAAAACAAAUGGAGAGAAGUUAAGCAUUGAUAAUCAAGCUGUGAAUAAAUUGAUGAAAUAUUAUGUUACGAAAUAUCUUCUACAUUUAUUAUUUUAAUCAUAUUUUACUUUAUAUGCAAAUUUUAAUUAUAUAUACUCUAUUUUUACAACUGCUAUAUAAAUACCAGGGAAAUGUAUUUUUAUAUUAU